UUAAAUAAGUGAUUUGCAAUGAACUUAACGACAGGAAAUCCUCACGGCAAUGGCUUGCUCUAUGCUGGUUUCAAUCAGGACCAGGGAUGUUUUGCUUGCGGUAUGGAAAAUGGCUUCAGAGUAUAUAACUGUGAUCCCUUAAAGGAAAAGGCACGUCUUUUUAGUGAUGGAGGCCUUGGUUAUGUGGAAAUGCUAUUUAGGUGUAACUAUUUAGCCCUAGUUGGCAGUGGUGCAAAACCUAUGUAUCCAACAAAUAAAGUUAUGAUAUGGGAUGACCUGAAAAAAUCUCCAGCAAUUACUUUAGAGUUUAAUGCUCCAGUGAAGGGUGUCAAACUGAGAAGAGAUAGGAUAGUAGUAAUUUUAGAAGGUGUUAUAAAAGUUUAUACAUUCACACAAAAUCCUCAACAGCUUCAUGUUUUUGAGACCAACCCAAAUCCUAGGGGUCUGUGUGUAUUAUGUCCAAAUAGUAGUAAUUCCCUGCUUGCUUUUCCUGGUAGAAAAAAUGGUCAUGUACAAGUGAUAGAUUUGGCUAAUACAGAAAAGCAACCAUUAAAUAUAGAAGCUCAUGAAACACCAUUAUCAUGUAUAGCUUUAAACUUACAAGGUACUAGAUUGGCUACUGCUUCAGAGAAAGGUACUCUGAUAAGAGUAUUUGAAACGCAGAGUGGAAAUAUGAUUAAUGAAUUGAGAAGAGGAGCUAAUCAUGCAAAUAUUUAUUGCAUCAAUUUUAAUCAUGAUUCAACUUGGUUAUGUGUAGCAAGUGAUCAUGGUACUGUACACGUUUUUGCUGUAGAAGAUCAAAAAUUAAAUCGUCAAUCUAGUUUAGCAUCUGCCACUUUCCUGCCAAAAUACUUUAGUUCAAGCUGGAGCUUUUGUAAAUUUCAAGUUCCAGGUGGUCCCCAAUGUAUGUGUGCAUUUGGAACUGAUAACAAUAGUAUUAUAGUAAUAUGUGCAGAUGGUAGUUAUUAUAAAUUCGUAUUCAACAAUAAAGGUGAAUGCACGAGAGAUUUCUAUGCACAGUUCCUUGAAUUAACUGACGACAAAAUGUGAUUGGAGAAUGAAGAGGAGGUAAACUCCUGAGUAUAGGAAAUUUGAAAAAUUUGUACGUUAUUUAAUUUUCUGUAUUAUAUAGCGAUAAUCGAAGGAAGAGAGUAUAUUUUAAUACGUUUUCAGUGUUCGUGAAAUUUACAAGGUAUAGUUUGCAUGGAAUACUGUUUGUUAUUUAAAGUCGUACUAUGUGGUACAGGACCAAACGGAAAGUACUAUUAUUUGUUGGUGUUACGUGCACGGUGCGUGAAUUAUUGAUAACAAAUUGAAAAUGAACUUUAAGGAAUACUAUAACAUGUUGUUAUUAACUUGUUAUGUGGGCCUAUUCUACUUAUGGAACUACAGGUUCCUGAAUGUUAAAAAGAAAAUGAAAAAAGAAUAUUUGAAAUUUCUUUGAACGCGUCAUUGUAAAAAGUAGUUUUCUUACGCAAUUAAAACAAUUUAUCGUUAACGCUGACGCAAAAUUAUGAUAUGAAAAGUAUCAUCGCGAAGGUAAUCAAAUCAUAUUUUGUAGGAUAUAUUUUGUUAAUAAUUCAAUCAUGUGUUUUUUUUAUAUUUAUUUUAUAAAAUUAUUAAUCUUCCGUUUAACGUCAUGGAUCGUAUAUUAUGCCUGAACCCGCUUCAUAUCCAUCUAUCAUGAACAACUAUAACGUUUGACUAAUCAUCGAAUCGGUUUUUAAUGAUUAGCCAAAUAAAUAAUGGGACGUAUAUAACGUAAUAGAGUUUUGUAAUCUUUAUUUUUAUGAUCUCCAUACAUUUAAUAUACAUAUACACAAGAAAUAACUACAUUCACUUGUUAAUAUUGAAAUAUUACCAGAAAAUAUCAACGUUAUUGUAGUAUCAUUAAGAACUUGACAUCGAGUUUUAAAAUAAAACUGAAUAUGAGACGAAACUCUGUAUGUUGUUUAUAAUAAAAUAUCGAUGAUCAGAUACAAGCGAUGUAUUUUGUCUUCUUCUUUGUUAUUUCGAAUCAUAAUCUUACGCAACUCUAGCAAUUAAAAUCAGUCUUACAUAAGGAGAGAAUAUCAUCAGGUGUAAACUUAAACCUUGAAUGAAACGUCGUUAUCAAUUUAAACAAACUUUGUGUAUGAUGGCAAUAAUUAAAAUGAAAAAUAUAUUACGAUAUAUGCGUCGCCGCUUUUUCGAUAUGCAAUUUUAUUAUUAGAAAAUUUCAGAACAAUGUUUAAACUUCUGUGCGUUCUUCGAAAUGUAUUUUGAAUGUAAUUUCAAAGUAACGCGAGUUGUUCAAAUAUCAAUUGUAACGCAUGAGCAAGAUAUAAUACAUGUAAUAAUAUGAAGCAAGCUUUUUGUACUGCAGAUCACUUUUGAGCUUCGUGAAAUAAACGUCUUCGUCGUGUCAUGUAUACGAUAAUGUACAGUGUUUUUCCAACAUAAAUAUCCCACAUUUUCUUUGUCGUUAAAUUGUUAAUUUUUCUUUUCUGGACAAAGAUGAUGUGCUCGAAUUCGUUUAAAUUUCAUAACCAUUCGUAUGACCAUUAAAUUGUACGUUCCUUCCAUUUGAAAUUUCGUAAUUUGUUUAAAAAACACUGUCAUUUGAAAGUUAUCUCUCAGUACCGAGAGUUUUGUAAUCAAAUGCGAUUUCACAUUUAUUGUAACGAAUAAAAUCGAUUUUCUGUAGCUACUUCAAUAAA